AUGCUGCUAUUGAAAAUUAGUUAUUUUUUAUUGCAAAUUUUGAUCGUUGCCAAUUUUUUGUUCAACUCGUCUGAUGGUCGUCGACAUCGUAGGCGAUCCAUUGAGAAUGACUCGCGAUUUUUGGGAUUCGCGUUCGAAGCGCAACCCGUGCGGAACGUCACAGCGACCGGCGCCGUUCGCCUCGAUUGCUCCUACAUUCUGGCGCACGAUCGAUAUGUGCAGAAUGUGCGCGUUGAAUGGAAACGAGAUGGGCUCGCGCUCAAUGAGAAAUCGAAUCCGAGAAUAAAAACAAUUUCGAAUGGAUCGCUUCUGAUCGAGGAACUGAGCACGUCGGAGGAAGGCGUUUAUCAAUGCGCGGUGCACGUGAGCACAGUUCGCGACGGCGAGAACGACCUUUGGACUUUUGUUAGCAGAAAAGCGGCGGUGAAACUUGCUGAUUUGCCAAAAUUUGAGCUUCAACCCGCCUACCGAAGAGCUUAUAAAGGCCAGCCGACGGCUUUUCAUUGUCUGAUUGCAACAAAACCGUCGCCUUCGGUUACUUGGUAUCACAACGAUGAGAUUAUUCGAAGUGGAGGCGAAUUCCACAUUUUGCCGGUGUCGAACACGUUGGAGAUCAGUUCGGUUCAGCAGAGGCACGAGGGCACGUAUAAGUGUACUGUCGAGGGUGCGAUGAAGCGCAGAAGUAGCGUCUCGGCACGAUUGACUGUUGUGAAUGGAGAAGUGCCGAAUGAGCUCACUUUCAUCACUGCUCCGAGAUUGCAAAUUGUUGAAGCUGGUGAUGAGUUCAUUCUUGAAUGUUUGGCAUCGUCGAAGGUCCUUCCGCAAGUUCGAUGGCUGAAAGAUUCGCGACAAAUCAUCGUUGAUGGAAUCCGAAUCCGACGCGUCGGCGUCUCAUCGUUGCUCGUCUCGAAGUCGACGAUCGACGAUAGCGGAUUGUACACGUGUCGUGCUAGCAAUAAUGACGACUCAUUGGAUCGAGCGGUGUCGGUGGAAGUUCGAGCGCCGCCGAAAAUCACAACUCAGCCGGUGGCGGCGAAAAUCGCCGUCGAGACCGCCGAUGUCGAUUUGGAAUGUGUUGCCGGCGGACGGCCCGAAUCGCGCGUGUCGUGGUUCAAAAAUGGCGAGUCGAUAAUCGGCAGCGAGUAUUUUGUGAUCGAGCCGAAUCGAUUGAGGAUUCUUGGCGUCGUCAAAACGGAUCAAGGAGUCUAUCAGUGUAUAGCCGAGAAUGAUGUCGGAUCGGAGCAGGCGAGCGCUCAGCUUUUGGUCGAUAGUCCAGAUUCCUCAUCGGUUGCCGCCUCGUCGGGCCAACCAAAAGUGGCCUCCUCGCCGUUGGGACUUCGUGUGUCGUCGGUUGGCAGUCGAUUCAUAAUGGUCGAAUGGGAUCCGCCGGUGCAGCGCAACGGCAAUAUUAUGCGCUAUCAUGUGUUCUAUAAAGAGAGCUCGAGCGAUCGUGAGCGAAUGAUGAACUCGUCGUCGACGUCCGUCACGUUGUCGUCGCUUCAACCGUCGACGCUGUAUUUGAUUCGAGUGGCCGCUGAAAACGAGGCCGGAAUGGGCAAAUCGAGCGAUUCGUUGAAAGUCUCGACGAAUAAAGAGCAAGCGGUUCCUGGCAAAAUCACCGAUUUGAAUGCGAUCGCGUUGGGUCCCGAAACGAUUGAGAUUAAGUGGAAUCCGCCGGCCGGUGGCCAACCAGCGUUGAGAUACAAAAUAUUUUAUAUGAGAGAUCCGCCGGAGAAGAAUGAGAAGGAGACGCUGAUUACGACGUCGGCGACGUACUACACACUUCAUGGAAUGGACAAAUACACGGGCUACAUGAUUCGAAUUGAGGCGGAAGGCGAGAACGGAAGCGGACUGAGCAGCGACGUUGUGAAGAUUCGAACGCUGUCCGACGAGCCGUCGGCGCCGCCGCAAAACAUCAUGGCCGAAGCGGACAGCUCGACGAGCGUUCGCGUCAGUUGGGACGAGCCGGACACGGAGACGGUGAACGGCGAGAUCACGGGAUAUCGUUUGAAAUAUAAGACGCGAGCGCGCGGCAGCAAAGGCAACACGCUGGUUAUUGACGCGUCGGCGCGCGAGUACACGAUGGGCAAUUUGGAGCCGAACACGCAGUAUCUCAUUCGAUUGGCCGUUGUGAAUCAUAAUGGAACGGGUCCCUACUCGGAUUGGAUUAGUGUCGACACGCCCGGCGAGGAUAAAGAGGAGCGGACACUGGGAGCGCCUCGAGAGAUCCGACCCCACGCCGGAUUGGAUUAUAUUCUUGUGUCGUGGUUGCCGCCGGCCGAUGAGCAGAAUCUCGUGCGAGGCUAUCAGAUCGGAUGGGGUUUGAGUGUUCCCGACACGGAGACGGCGCGUGUUAGCGCGUCGACGACACAAUACAAAAUCACGCGGCUGCACUCGGGACGCGACUACGUCAUUUCGCUUCGCGCCUUCAACAACCUCGGCUCGGGAUUCCCAAUCUAUGAGACGGUGCGAACGCUCUCGCGCGAAUCGCUACCGCAUCGAUUCGGCGACGGUUUCGACGAUUCGGACGAGAUCGGCAACGGCGAGAGUACGCCGGUCGGUGUGCGCGCCGAGGCGCUGUCGGCCACAUCGAUUCGAUUGGAUUGGAGCAAUCCCGACGAGAACGCGUUCAACACGCUCUACACGAUUCGCUAUAGUACAAGUGUCGACGGGAAUCAGCAGCGCUACGUGAACAGCUCCGAGUUGUUCGCGACGAUCGAGGGACUCCGACCGGCGACGGAAUACGAGUUUGCGGUUCGGGCGAUCACCAGCGGCGGGCAGGUCAGCACGUGGAGUCUGGCGACGAGAAACAAAACGUUCGCCGCUCCACCGUCAUCAGCGCCGCGAGACCUGACCGUGUUGCCGGCGGAGUCCGGCGAUCCGCAUUCGGCGUCGCUUCAUUGGCAGCCGCCGAAAUACGCGAACGGCGAAAUCGAGGAGUAUCUCGUCUAUCAUUCGGAUCGCGCCUCGCUCGCCGACAAAGAUUGGACGGUGAGCUAUGUGGCCGGCGACAAAUUAUCGCAUCAGGUCAGCAAUUUGUUGCCCAAAGCCAACUACUUCUUCAAGAUUCAGGCGAGGAAUGAGAAAGGACAUGGUCCGUUUUCGGCUGUCGUCGGCUACACGCCGUCGGGCGGCGCGAUUUUGUCCGGACGCGACCGCGGACGAAAUGGGCACGGAACGAUUGGGGCGGCGUCGGCGAACAGUUUCGACGAUCUCAAACAGAUGUUCGCCGAGAAUCCGCUGUAUCUUCUUCUUCUGAUUGCGAUGGUCCUUAUCAUCAUUCUGUCGAUCAUUCUGAUUCUGAUGUGCUGCUUGAAGAAGACGGGAAGAAAGAAUGGCUAUCAGUCGGCGAAGAAGACGAGCGCCGCUGGCGCUGCCGGCGGUCCCGCCAACGAUCUUUGGAUUAAUGGAACGGGAAGUCAUAUGAGAGCUGGAGCUUCUGACUACAUGGUCGACGGUCUUGCGACGGCUCACCUCACCGCCGUCGACAUCGAAUCGCCGACGCCUCGCUAUCAUCACUUGCAAGGACAAGGAACACUUCAACGAAGCUAUCAUCAGUCGUCGCAGAGUCUUGAAGGAGCUAGGCAGCGAACGCCGCAAGUGGUUUAUACUGGCACCGGAAGGCAUCAGCCAAUUCAUAAGAUUGACUUCUGCGAAUCGCCUUAUGGCUCGUCGUCGGCGAUCGGUUCAGCGGCGACUCCGCCCCUUCCGAUGCAAGCGCCGCCUUCGGGUCCGCCGACGGUUAUCGACGGCUAUCGAACGCUGAGAGGCACACCACCGAACACGGCGAACGCUCUGAGAUCGUUCACACAACUCGCUGGUGCGACACCGCCGCCGUCGAAUCCGUCGAGCGCGGGACGGCCGACGAUCAUUGCCGCCGGCGGUCGACAGGUGCCGGUGGGACGCGCGACGGCUCAGCCGCGAGUCAACGUCGCCAACAUCUACAGUCCCUACGCGUCGUGCUCGUCGGACGCCGGCGAUUCGGAGAAGAAGCACGGAGAGAGCAUGGAGAUGAGAGAGACGCCGACGAAAACGCUCGAGCGUCCGACGACGGCGUCGAUUAAUAUGAUGCCGUCGAAUUCAACGGAAGAGCUGAACGCUCAAAUGGAGAAUCUUGAUACGAUGAUCGAUGAUCUUCAGCAGCUUCAACAUGCGUUCCAAGAAAACCCUUAA